AUGAGUUACUCCAUGUUAGCUGUUGUAGGAUCCUUCACUUACCCGUCAACUUCAGCUCCAAAUCCAAAACUCUGCAACGCCACCCUACGCAGAAAAGAAUUCAUUUCUCUCUUAAAAAAUUGCAAAGACGCCAACCAAAUCCUCCCAAUACAUGCCAAAAUCAUCAGAACCGGCCAUGACCAAGACCCUUUCGUCCUCUUCCAGCUUCUAUGCCUCAGCUCCACUCUAUCCUCCGUUAAUUAUGCCUCCACCAUUUUUCAACAGGUCCGUAACCCAAAUGUCUUCCUCUACACAGCUCUCAUUGAUGGAUUUGUCUUGGUUGGUUCCUACUCUGAUGGGAUUCGCCUUUAUUAUCAAAUGAUUGAUCGGUUCAUUGUGCCGGAUAAGUAUGUUAUCACCUCCGUUUUGAAAGCUUGUGAGUAUCGUUUUGCUUUGAGGGAGGGAAAAGAGGUUCAUUGCCAAGCUUUGAAACUUGGGUUAUGCUCGAAUAGAUCGAUAACCAUGAAGCUGAUGGAAUUCUACGGGAAGUGUGGUGAAUUUGAUAAUGCGAGGAAAGUGUUUGAUAAAUUGACGGAAAGAGAUGUUGUUGCCUCAACAAUCAUGAUAAACUGUUUUCUAGACCAUGGGUUGGUCAAGCAGGCGGUUCAGGUUUUUGAUCGGGUAAGGGUUAAGGAUACUGUUUGCUGGACCGCGAUGAUUGAUGGGUUGAUUAGAAAUGGGGAGAUGAACAUGGCUUUGGAGUUGUUUAGGGAAAUGCAAAAAGACAAUGUGAAGCCUAACGAAGUUACAGUUGUUUGUGUUUUGUCCGCGUGCUCACAAUUGGGGGCGUUAGAGCUUGGAAGAUGGGUUCAUUCGUACAUUGGAAAACACCAUAGGAUAGAGCUUAAUCAUUUCGUGGGGGGUGCACUGAUCAAUAUGUAUUCGAGGUGUGGUGAUAUUGAUGAGGCUGAACGAGUUUUUGCAAUGAUGAAAGAGAGAAAUGUUAUUACAUACAAUUUAAUGAUUUCAGGGCUUGCUAUGCAUGGAAAGAGUAUUGAAGCUGUUGAUAUUUUUCGGGGAAUGAUUAAGCAAGGGAUUUUGCCAACUAGUGUUACCUUUGUUGCUGUUUUGAAUGCUUGUAAUCAUGGAGGCUUGGUCGAUUUGGGGUUUGAGAUGUUCCAUUCUAUGAGUAAAGAUUAUGGUAUUCCACCACAAAUAGAGCACUAUGGAUGUAUCGUUGAUCUUCUUGGUCGUGUAGGUCGUCUAAAGGAGGCUUAUAAUUUCAUUCAGAAUAUGGAAAUAGCACCUGAUCAUGUCAUGUUGGUGGCCUUGCUGAGUGCUUGUAAAAUUCACGGAAACCUUGAAUUAGGAGAACAGGUUGCAAGAAUUUUAAUUAAUCAUGGGGGUGUAGAUUCUGGCACUUACGUUCUGCUAUCAAAUGUCUAUGCUUCAUCAGGAAAAUGGAAAGAAGCAGCUCAAAUCAGGGCAAAGAUGAAGGAAGGUGGAAUCCUAAAAGAACCAGGUUGCAGCUCCAUUGAAGUGAAUAAUGAGAUACACGAGUUUCUUCUGGGAGAGCUAAGGCACCCUCAAAAAGGAAAAAUAUAUAAGAAGUUAGAGGAGUUGAACCAAAUAUUAAAAGCAGGACAUACUCCAGCAACAGAUGUUGUUUUGCAUGAUAUAGAAGACUGGGAGAAAGAGCAGGCUUUAGCAAUACACAGCGAGAGGCUUGCAAUAUGCUAUGGUUUAAUCUCUACUAAACCAGGUACCACAAUAAGGGUUGUGAAGAACUUGAGGGUUUGUGAUGAUUGCCACUCGAUGAUCAAGCUCCUUGCUAUGAUUACUGGAAGGAAAAUUGUGGUGAGGGAUCGCAAAAGAUUCCACCAUUUUGAGAACGGGAAAUGCUCUUGUGGAGAUUACUGGUGAUUUAAAAU